AACAGCUUCCUGAUAGUUGACGUGGUUUGUUUAUAAUGGCAGAUACAAAAGUGGAAAUUUCACCUGACAGUUCGAGUCUGAUCCCAAACAGCGGCAAUGUUUCCUCUCAGACUAAUAACCCGCUGUCGAGAAAGCUUAAUAAGAUUUUGGAGACCAGGCUGGAUAAUGACAAGGAGAUGCUGGAGGCUUUAAAGUCUCUGUCAGUUUUCUUCACUGAAAACAGUCUUCGCACACGGAGAAACCUGCGAGGGGACAUCGAGCGGCGCAGUUUAUCCAUCAAUGAAGAAUUUGUGCGGAUAUUUAAAGAUGUGAAGGAGGAACUGGAGAGUAUACAUGAAGAUGUCCAAGCCAUGAGCACCUGUUGUGAAGAAAUGACCAAUAGAUUAAAGGCAGCCAAGGAACAAACUCAGGACUUGAUUUUGAAAACCAACAAACUACAAGGAGAAAAUCAUAGUCUAGAAGUACGAGCACAAGUGGCCCAGGUCUUUCUCUCCAAAUUCCAGCUGUCCAGUGAAGAAAUGGCCAUUCUACGCUAUGCUCGUGACGGCCCCAUCACUGAGGAUUUCUUUAAAGCCCUGAAUCGUGUGAAGAAUAUCCAUGAAGAUGUGAAGGUCCUGCUGAGGACAAAUCAGCAAACAGCAGGAUUGGAGAUCAUGGAACAAAUGGCAGUGUUACAGGAGACAUCAUAUGAGCAGCUGUAUCGCUGGGCUCAAAAUGAGUGUCGGGGAUUGACUCAGGAGACGUGUGAUGUUCCUCCUGUGCUCACUCAAGCCAUGGAGGCUUUGCAGGACCGGCCUGUUCUUUAUAAAUACAUUUUGGACGAAUUUGGCACGGCGAGGCGCAGCGCGGUGGUCCGUGGCUUUAUCGAUGCACUAACACGAGGGGGCCCAGGGGGCACGCCCAGACCAAUAGAGAUGCAUUCACAUGAUCCUAUGAGGUACGUAGGGGACAUGCUGGCGUGGCUGCACCAGACCACAGCUUCAGAGAAGGAGCAUCUGGAGGCUCUGCUCAAGCACACUACAGGGCAAGGUGUUGAGGACAGCAUGCAGGAGAUUGUCGGCCACAUAACCGAAGGAGUGUGCAGACCACUUAAGCCAGCACGGUUCAGCGCGGUUGUAGUCGAAAUGCAACUCCAACAGCCCUGCUCAGCUCGACUCAGCCCAACUCAGCACAGCACGGCUCAGCCCGACUCAGCCGCGUUGGUAAUGGAAAAGCGGCAUUUGAGAGAGGAAAAAAAAAACCAAAGGCUGGUGAGGAUUGAGCAGGUGAUAGUGGCAGAACCAGGAGCUGUGCUGCUCUACAAACUCUCCAACCUGCUCAAGUUCUACCACCACACCAUCAGUGGGAUCAUCGGCACAAGUGUUGCGUCUUUAUUGAUUACAAUAGAGGAGAUGCAUGUUCUCAGUAAGAAGAUGUUCUUCAGCAGCCUCAGUCUUCAUGCCAGCCGGCUCAUGGACAAGGUGGAGCUGCCUCCUCCUGACCUGGGCCCCACGGCAUCCCUUACCCAGACGCUGUCUCUCCUCAGGGAAGUGCUCGCAUCACAUGACUCAUCUGUGCUCCCUCUAGAUGCUCGCCAGGCUGACUUUGCACAGGUGUUAUCGUGCAUCCUGGACCCCCUGCUGCAGCUCUGCACUGUUUCCGCCAGUAAUCUGGGCACAGCGGACAUGGCCACCUACAUGGUGAACUCUCUAUACAUGAUGAAAACCACUCUGGCCCUCUUUGAGUUCACGGACAAACGGCUAGAAAUGCUCGAAUUCCAGAUCGAGGCUCAUUUGGACACUCUGAUCAAUGAGCAGGCGUCCUACGUACUGACGCGAGCAGGACUCGCCUACAUUUACAACUGUGUGCAGCAGCACAGCACUGAGCAGGGUUCUCUGUCCAACCUCGAAGGUAUGGACGGUUCAUCUCUGAAGGUAGCUAUGGUCCAGUUUGAUCGCUACUUGUCGUCUCCUGACACCUUCGUGAUGCCUCAGUUCAACUUCCUCCUCAGUGCAGCUAUCAAAGAGAAGAUCUUUAAGCAGUCCACAGAGCUGGUGUGCCGUGCGUACGGAGAGGUGUACACAGCCGUAACCAAUCCAGCUAAUGGCUACAGAGAACCUGAGAAUGUGUUACACAGAUCCCCUCAGCAGGUACAAACCCUGCUGUCCUGAUCCCCAGUGCUGCGCGCGCACACACACACACACACACACACACACACACACACACACACACACGGAUAUCCAGAGGAUCAGAUACCAUAUGUUGGCCAGGUCGCUAUAUGAAACAAAGGAGGUGGAUCCAGGGAUGGGGUAUGACCUCGUGUGUGUAUGUUUGGACUUUUAAGACACUGGAUGUCCUUCCACUCCUACUCCCACACUGUUGUGGGUAAAACACUGUCUGAGGGAGAGAGAACAACUCACGCUGGUGGGGAAAGGAAUAAAAUGUUGUUCUUGACAUGAGCGUAGAGUCCUGCUGGGAAAUGUGAAAGAAAUCUGUAGACUUUUUUUUUUUUCUCCCCCCCCCACUUUCCCCUGCACUACACAUGAGCAAAUACACAUACAUUCAUUUGUAUUAAAUGAAUUUUGUAUGCAAAAA